ACAGACGAUACGGAACGUUAUUCGUUCGGCCGCGCGAAAUUGUGUAACUAGAAUGUAAAAUGAUACGGUGAUUGAAGGCGGGGGACGCAUGGACCUUCGUCCGUGUCCACCUCGGUGAAACUGGCCGCGAACGCUAGUGUCUUAGGCCGCUAGAAAGACGGAGUUAUAGAAGCUCAGAUUUCUGGCCGCGGUGGGCUCAUAGUAGCUCAAACCGGCGCUCCCAUGCCUUCUCAGGUAGCCUACAUACACUGGCGACGACGCCCAGGCUUUGUCCUGCUCGCCGCCGUCACGCAUGGCCUGAAAGUGCUACCUAGCCGGAUCCCGACAACAAACGCGCCGCCCACGCGCGCGCUGGCGCCAAAGCUGCGACCACUGCGCCUCCUCCAAUCCGCGCGCCUCACAAGGCAGCGCUACGACGCGCUCCAGAUCGAGGGCACGAACCGGCGGCCGCCGACGGAGUACGAGCUGAACCGAGGCAAAGCCAUCGACGCGCUCAACGCCGACGCGACGCGCUUCGCCGACGCCGAGCUCGACUGGAGCAUCUACAGCGAGCAGAUCCAGCUUGCGGACCCCACGGGCGUCCGAGCUCGAGGAUUGGCGAACUACAAGCGCUUCUUCCAGCUCGUGCGCUUGUUUCGCUCGUUGAUGGUCGACGACGUCAGCGUGCGCCACCGACUCCGCGUCGACGACGCGAACGGGCGCAUCGUGAUCUGCUGGUACUCGACGUGGAGAACUUCCAUGGCCAAAAAGCCGAUUCAGAUCGACGCCGUGUCCUACUACUCCCUGGACGACCGGGGCUUCGUCGAGGCCCACGAGGUCGACCGCGUCGAGAUAAACGGCAAGCGGCGGUCGCCCGAGACGGCAUGGGAGCGGCUCCAGGAGCUCGUCGCCGGCGGGCCGGGCCAGAUGUACCCCGCCUAGGCCGAGCCCUAAAAAGAACCUGUUUGCACUACUCGUCGCGUCGAUGGCGUGCACGUGAGUUCCCCCCCCAGGGGCGCCGCCCACUAGUCCUAGCACCGAACAGAAGUACAAACAAAGAACGGGGCC